AUGCCAAGGGCCAGAGAAGAGCAGAGAGUUCUGGAGCCGGCAGUCAGUGCAGUCAGUGCCUGGCUGGGCUGGGAUUCAGAAAGCCCUGCACACCUGAUUAACAUCUCAUCCAACAAGAUGAGCACCAGGACCCCACCUUCGCUCCAGCAUCUGGCCAUUCAAAGCCUGCUGAGCAACGAGGCCCUAGCCAUCUCUGCCCUGGAAGAUGUGCCACACCUCUUCCCUUUGCUCUUGAGGGAGGUCUACACCCAGAGCCACACAGGGGUGCUUAAGGCCAUGUUACAGACCUGGCCAUUCUCCUGCCUCCCUCUGUCAUACGUGGAAGAGUCAAGAGACCUGGAAACCUUCAAGGCUGUCCUGGAUGGGCUCGAUCUGCUACUUGACAAGAAGGAGUGCCCCGGGCGGUGUAAACUGCAAGUGCUGGAUCUGCGGAAGGAGCAUGUGGAUAUAUGGACAUGGGGCUUCCCCUCCGUGGCGGAAAUCUCUUAUGCAGACAUCCUGACUGACAAGCCAACAGAGAGCUGUGGUUCAUUGAUGACGGGAGAGCUGCGCUUGAUGAUUCUCAUGGAUGUUGUCAUCAAAGAUGGCAACCAGGAUGCUUUCCAAGCCUAUCUGCUGCAGUGGGUCAGGAAGAGGAAAGAACGGGUCCUGCUGUGCUCAAGGAAGCUGCAGAUUCUCUCUGGCUCCAUCUACAAAAUUCAGAAGGCUCUUCUUGCUGUGCAUCUGGGCUCCAUCCAGGAGCUGAAGGUAAGUAAAUUCUGGCAUCGAGAAACCAUGAAAAAGUUUGCACCUUACCUUGGCCAGAUGAAAAACCUUCACAUCUUCAAAUUCUCCAAGAUGAGUGCCGACUUCUACAAGUCAAGGCCCCAAAACUUACGGUAUUCUCGCAAAUACGCACCACACCUGGGGCAGCUGCAGUAUCUCCAGGAGUUUCAUGUGCAUGAUGUCUUCUUCCUUUAUGGAAAGCUACCCGCCAUCCUCAGGAACCGGAUGCCUUUGAAGACUUUGUCAUUGAGUUCAUGUCCACUGAAGGAAUCCGACUUGAGGUUUCUGUCCCGGUGUCCCUGCACCAGGCAGCUCCAGCACCUGCGUCUGAGGAGUUUGUGCAUGGAUCGCUUCCGUCCUGAGCCCCUGCGAGCCCUGCUGAGGAAAGUGGCUGGCAGCCUGAUGACCCUGGCCCUAGAGGACUGUGCCAUCACUGACGCCCAGCUGUUGACCAUUUUGCCCGCUCUGAGCCAGUGCUCUCGGCUCAGUUUCUUCAGUUUCUGGGAAAACCGCAUCUCCAUGGCCACCUUCAAGAGUCUCAUGAGCCAUUUGGCCAGGCUGGGCCAUUUGAGACUAGGGCUCUAUCCUGCCCCUCUGGAGUGCUAUCGUCCUCAAACCUGGGGGCUAGAAAGCAUUGACCCGGAGAGAUUUACCCAGGUUCAGGCUGGCUUGGCCCAAGCAUUGAGCGAGGUAAGAACCCAGAAGGCCCAGAUCUGUAGCCAGGUCUGCCAUCGCCACAAAAAGUGCGAAUUCUAUAGCCUGACUUCCAAUGGUUCCUGGGUGGUCACAAAGGAGGAUUUUCCUGGACUCUUUGCUCCGCCUGUGUAG